CACGGACAGAGAGGUUGUCGCGUAUUGGAUUUCAUUCAACAAUCGCUCAUUUUACGUUUUGACGCAUCGAUCGCCUUGUGGAAAGUUGCAGAGACGUUAAUCCGGCAGAUCGACACUUUCCUUAUCGAUCUCUUCUUUAUGUAAUUCACUUUCGCCACAUCAUCCGAACAGCAUCUGAUCUGACCUCCAGACCCAAACUGGCGAUAGCAAGAAGGCUGUGGCUUUGUGAAGUUCUAUACAGCAGCUUCCGCUGUCUAUGUGACAUUUAAGCCGCGCGAUAUGUGGUCGCGAAUGCACGAGAAUGGCUUAACUGAUCGCCUUCGUUCUCUGUAAUCCAAGCAUUCUUCGUUGAGCGGUUUGUUUGUUUAGAAGUGCUAGCCAAGAACGCAAAGACAGAGUUGUCAAGAAAAGGAAAACAGCUUGCGUAAAGGCUGCCUUUACACUUGAGCUGGGAACUGUUUAGAAACAAUAGGUUAUCUUUGUGGUGUAAUCGGUGACUUGACAGGCAGUAAUUGUCCGAGUGAUUGGCGUGCGCCGAGCUUUGCCUCGAGUGAAAUGAAUUCUCCGCUACUGGUCAGUGAAAUCUUGGGUGACCUGAACUAUCCACUUAAUUUUACGAACUGAAAGGAUCACAAAUAUUCUUGCUGGCGAUCGUUCAGGCUUCUAACACUGCGUAAGUAUUGAUGGUGUGCGACUUGUUCGGAUUUCCGUCCUGUAGGCGGUGCUCUCGGGUCAAACACAGGAUUGAAAUACCAGCAGCCAACUGCUCGAAUUUGUCUGGGAAGCACAGGUUGUCGUAAAUUCGUCUUUCUUUCUAAAGCAGACUUCCAACGUUGAUUUGCGGAUUUCUUAUUACUGUUUGUCGCUGCAGGGUGAAUGUAUGUUCUGACUGGAAGUGAGUGUUAAGCAUGACUUAUUGGAGCGAAAAUUUCAACAGGACAUUUUUCAUUUGUAUGUGAGAGCUUUCUUCAAAAGUGGCAGAGUAAUGUGAAAUGAUUGAUGACCAGGAGUUUAUUAACCGGCGACACCUGAGCGUCACAAUUUACACGUGUUCUAACCAUUACAAAAUGCACUUAAUUCCGAACGCAAAAAACGCAAAGUACUGGCCGUAGCUUUUCGCCGAUUGUUUGGCGGACUAAUUCUAUCUUAUGGAGUGGUUAUUCGGUUUCCAAGCCGCACCGCACAGUUUUGGUUUCACAACUGUGACCUAUUAGGCCACGAUGAAAGCGCGAGUUAAGAUGAUUUAUUACUUUGGCCUACGCGGUAUCCUUGGAUUACAUUUGAAUUUGGUUUAUAUCGAGUUGAAUUUCCUCAAUCUACCAGCUGAAUCUACAUUAUCGAUGGCACUACUAAUUUCACAGCGAAUCGGACACUUGUCGUCUGAGAACCAUUAUAGCGGACCUACAACAGAAAUAAUUCUGAGCUAUUUCCGAAAAAAGAUAUCUUCUUUGACCAAACAGGAUUAUUUCCAGUGGUGUCUUGAGAGCUAAGUGUACAUAAGAAUCACCAACAGUGUUUGACCUAGAGGUUUUAAAUUUCUCUUCCUUCACCAAAAUCAAGUUGGUAACUCGGCGCGAUCGGCAUAAUUCUUUAAGUUUUGUUUGUAAUCCAAAAUCACCGCUCAUCCAUCACUGUUUAUGACGAGCUAUCGAGAAAAAAAAUAGUCAUUGGGAAAACGACAGAGUAAAGAGGUUCGAUUAUUCGAAUCCAGGUGGUUUUGGUGUAAAAGUGUAGUAAUGAAUCGUAAAACUUGAUCCGUGCUUUUAGGAGCGUCAUUCGAAAUUUCUAUCCUGUCGAGUUCUGGCAUAAAAACAAGACUCUUCUGUCUAAGCCCCCUUCUGAUGAAAAGGCAACUGUUGAAUACCUCUUGCUGUAAGUGGUUAGCUUACAUGCAAGGUCAGUGUGCAUGGCAAUCGAUAUCUUAAUGCAUUUAUGCAUACUGAAAUUUAUUAACCUUGCGCCGUGCCUCUUUGUUAUUUUCUUUGACAGAGUUUGGACGCAGGAGAAGCGCUGUGCGCAGCUGUGCUUGUUCAGGAACGGAAAGGUCCUUGGCUGAAGAAUGUGUUAUACCAAAACGGUUUCCUUGGAAUUUAUUCUAUCCCUGUUUGUGGUUGUUCACUGCAAAGGUAUGUUCAUUUGGAUUGGUUUAGAGUAUAGGGUGUGUUAUGAUAAGCUGUAAGUGUGAGGGACGAAGGCGCAAGCAUCAUGCAAAUAGGCUUUCAAUUUCUGUAUAAACACAACUUUGACUCAAUUUUUAACUGGAUUCCUAUGUAACUUAUUAAUCAUUUCACUUAUAAAAUGCUUGAUAGGUCUCGGGGAAAUUGAAGUGCGAUGAGAUAAAUUGUUUGAAAAGCGAUUAAAUUCAAUCAAUUACUCGGCCUCGUGCCUUUGCCUAAGGGAAGCUGCGUCUUUGUGCGUAGUUCGUGCGCUGAAAACUCCAAGUUAAGAGAGAUUUUACUUUAAAAUAAACAAAAAAUCGGAAACACGUGGUCAAAGCUGUCUCUUCAUGGUAGGACAGCUCGGAACCCUGUUAAUUAGUGCCGAAAUUGGAGAGCAGAUAACACAAUGGUAUUCACUAACUUCAACUAGCUCUGCUUAGUGUCUGUUUCCUCGAUGGCUACUUCAAACGACAUCUCCUUCAAGAAAACACUAAAAUUAUGAUUUAUGAGGUUUCAACCAUGUACUGAAACUAACUCUCUGCGGAUUUGAUUGUUCUUACCCCUUUUCUUGAGAAUACUCUGCAUAAGAUUCGAUAUAUGACUGAUAAGACCAAUUUGUUCAAUGAGCGGGCGAUAAGACAUUGAUGCAAAGAUAUAACGUGUUAAGUCAGCACUUGUCGUUUCUCCUGAUCAACAAGAAAUUACUAAGGAAAAGAAAUGAGGCAGAGGAAGGGAAAGAUACUGAGAGUUUACAAAUAGUAAGCUAGUACUGUACAGCGAAUCCAAUUAACACCUUGGACGUUAAAGGUUGAUUGCUAAUUGUUAUGGAACUCAUUUCGUAUCGCAAGAGGUACCAAGUGGGCGUUAAGGCCAAAUUGAGACCAUUGUUACAUCUUAAUAGCUUCUUGUAGGUCGCUUGAAUACCGCUUGAGUAUCAAUUGAACAAAAGAUUAACUCGAAACUGCUGCUACUAACGGUUCAGUUAUUAUGAAGUGUGCUUGAAACAGGUGUUGCUUUCAGGAGAGAAAAAUUGUACAAAGCGUCGAAUUCUCGCGAGAGAAAACUCAAAAUCUAUCGACAAAAGAAGUCUCUAAUUUAAUUAACUCUGAUUACCCCUCACACAAAGGUGUAGUGGACGAUAUACCUUGGUUUAAUUUUCACAUCAUAAUAUUUAUAAAAGUUAUUUUCGUCCAUAGACCUGUUGUGUUCAGAAAGAUUUGGCUCGUUAGCUUUUCAUUUGAUUGUUUACAUUUGAAUCGGUGAGGUGAAUCAUAACAAACGCCAGAAAAAGCCUUUCUAGCUAAUCUAUCAGGUCAUUUAUUGGUUCAAAUUAUCUUAUUUCUCAUCGCACCGAUGCAUCAUUCUUUUUUUUAGCUCUGAGGAACCUAAACGUGUGUAGUCGAGGGCACUCUAGGGUUUUUGUCAUCUUGUUAGGCUUUCCGUGUGGUACAACUCUGCAUGGCGUAUCUAUACAGGACGGACGGCUUUUGAGCAAGAACAAUGUGCGAUUGUUUGAAGUAUCAUUUAUGCUACAGCUGUUUUCUUACUCAAGAUGAAAACCCUUUUCUCGGCUUUUAUCACAUGCUGUGUCCCACUAAUAAAUAUUUCAACAAAAGGUAAAAUGCUUCUUUUAUCAAGUGAAGCAUGCAUAAUGAUCAAAACCAAAAAUUGAGACCGAGCUAAAACUCUUAGAAAUACGAUCGAAAAUAGACUCACUCAUCACAUUCCUGAGUCACGAAAUAAUAUUUUGAGUGCAAGUGCUUGUUACCAAACGUAUAUUUUUUUGCCCCUAAAAGCAGCUUCUUCGACACCUGUUUCAGGUUCAAAGCAGCGACUUCGUUUACCUUUUCAACUCAGCUUAAGGUCGACAUUAAAAUAAGAUUUUAAAAUCCCCGCAGACGAUUCAUAACACGCGGCUCUCUUGGGGAUAAUCCACUGAUCUGAUCAAAUGGAAUGAAUCCACGCUGGACUUGUUUUUCAUUAACUAAGUAUUCCAACUGAGUUUUUUUUUUAUUUUUUAAUUUUUUUUUUUUCACUCAUGAUUGACUGUAGCCCGAGGGAAUAACCGCCCCCUGCUGGUUAAAAUGUAGUUUCCGUAACAUAUGGGAAGCAUUUUCUUUGCGAGAAUUCCAAAUAUUUAUGUUUAACAAAAGAAGAUUGAAACGUUGUUGAUAAAUUCUGUUCAGCAAAGCUUAGGAGUCUACUUUUCUGAGAGUUCUUUGCAUUUACAAGCCAUAAUUGUUGUUUAAGAGUACCCUAAGCAUUCUUGGAGGCUAAAAGAACAACACAUAGAGUAACUGAUAUAGUUGCUGAAAGAGAGGCGACAGAAAAAGACAGAACCUCUCUAAGUGUGUGGCCUGUAAAGGUCAUUGAAUUUGAAACAUCGCAUGAAGCUCAUAUCACGUGAGACUUUACUAAGCGCGAGAACAGUUGGAUAAGUCGGUAUGUGACAAAAAAAAACUCAAGCUCACUCUAACCGGAGCAAAAUUAGGAGUAGGUUCGGUUGUGAUCAAGUCGAAAAUGUGGGAUAAUUUUGCGUAAUGAACUAGCAGACAUGGGAGCAAUUUACUUGUUCGAAAGCAAUUAGCUCUAUAGGUCAUAAACUUGAUGAACAAGGGCUAUAAUCGAUUUAAAAAUGUAAAAUCUUUAGAUUUAUGCAAAACAUAAUUAGUCACGAGACGAAUGCUUGGAAAGCCUAAAGUGUAGUCAUGCAACUCCAAACUGAACAUAAACAAUGACCUUUAGACAGGCAGUGUGGACGAGGUGAACAUGUUCUGAACCACGAAUUCUUGAGCGUAGUCUUUUUCCAUUAAACACAAUAAAAAUAAUCCAAGCUGUAUUGUUAUUACUUCAGACUACCGUUUCUACACUUUCAGUUGCCCAAGUCAAGGAAUUGAAACUGGAACUGUUUUCAUUAAUUUUGUUUAUCAGACCCCCCUGUACUUCUUGCACCAGUAAAGCCAUUGUAUACGGUCCAUGAAGGACGAAACGUCAAAUUACGUUGCAAGUUUUCCGGAACAAAGGAUCCCCCCGAGAACAGGACCUUAACAGCGUGGCAAAGGCUUCCUGAGGGUAUGGUCAUCACCAAAAAGUUUCCGCGUUUUAGGACGAGGCUCGAAUAUUUGAAAAUAAAAAAGGUACAGCCUUCGGACGAGGGGUUGUAUGCCUGUAUUGCUCACAAUUCUUUUGGGGUAACCAGACAAGAAAUUCGACUCGUAGUCAGAGGUAAGGGAAAGAAGAUAGAUUCCACAUCAAUUAUAAAUUUUGAAAUUGCACGCAAUUCCUCACUGUCAAAAGUAUUCAGAAAACAAAAUAAAAUAGGACCGGAUCGUGCAUUUGAGGAAUCCCACACUAGAAAGGACCCACUUUGCACAUUCCUUAUAUCAGCUCGUUCUGAGAAUACCGUUUUUCUACUUAGCUAUGUAUUUCUGUCUGUUCAUGCUGUCUGUAUUGUUUCUGUCAGUCCCUUGAGAAGGAAUUCGUUUGUUCAGUUAGUCUGUUGGUCAAUCAGUUGGUCUGUCUCUCGCCUGUCCUUUAAUAAAUUACUUUUCUAAAAUUAUACAGGUAAAUUUUUCUAUGAGAAGCUCAGGGAUUGAUGCGCUAUUUUUAGCCAUAAUAUGAAUACGCCUUGAACUAAAAAACUAUCUCCAACUCUUUUAAUCGAAUACAUGUCACUAAUUUUUUACCACAACUAGUUUAAAAAUAAACGUUUUCUUCAAUUAUACAGAAUCAAACAGAAGUAUCAUCACAAAAAAAGAGACACCCAGUCCUACCCCGAUCACAUCAGGUAACACGAGCAGUAAGAAUUUCGUUUAAGACUUUAAAAGUUUUUCGAUCUCAAGAGUUCUUAGCGUUUCAUUAAUAUUAAAUAGCACUUGUAGCAUCAGCCCUCAGGCUGUGGCUGGGUUAAGUGCCAACUCCCCUUUUACUGACAUGAAAUGAGAUAUCUCCUGUAAUUCCAUACCUAAAAUAUUCAGUCUUAGAGACAAGUUGUUUUAGUUUUGGUUCAUUUUUUUUUCCAACAACGUCUCGGUUAUAUAUUAGAGUUAAACCAACCAAUACCACGUGUCAUAGCGUAGACCUUCCUAGGAAGAAAAAUUUCAUUGAUCGUCUGACCGCCGUAUCAUUAUUAUUCUUCCAACAGUGCCAAGCAUCACUGCUAGAGAGCCGUCCAUUAAAAGUACAACCGACCGACCGAGAAUACCUUCUAAAAUACCAUUAAUGGGUUUGUGUUAAAUUUUCAUUCAUUUGUAUCAAUACAUUCAUUAUUAUUUUCUUAUUCACUCUCAUAUUCCCUAUUGUAUCGUUGUCACCAUCAGCUCAAGCCUGGCUUUUUAUUAGCAAUUAUUAAAAGUUAUAAUAUCCUAAAAAAAAAUGAAAUCUUUGCCCAUUCAUUUCGCUCAUCAAAAGACCCAACAAUUUGCUUCCCAGUUUUCGUUGCCAUUCACUUAAUUCUUCUCCGUUAUGUAUCCAUUCUUAUUCCAAUAUGGCAGACUAGAUUUCUGCAAGAAGACCAUGGAAUUUUAUGUGGCUACUGAUAUCGUGGUAGUACCGACAUUGAUGAGUUUGUUUUUAGCUUAAAAGAGCUACAUCAGUCUGACUAAGGGCUAACGCCCGAAACGUCAGCUUUAGAAACUCUACGGAGGCCAAUUUUUCAUUAUCUACUCAGUUGAUGAAACCAUCCCAUCUUUUUAUUCCAAUGUAAUUUACUCUUAACACUUUAAUGUAACAGCUGCCACUGACAGUUACAGUAGUUUCGUACCCACCGAAGUCGAUUCGUACCAUGUCAUUUGAGUCGUUUCGUACUCGUACUAAUAAAGUAUGUUUUGCAAGUUAAGUAUUUUAUGGUAUGAAAACAAUAAAAGAAUAAAUUGAUUUAUUACCUUUAACAACGAACCGACUGAAUUUGGGUGCGAAGCGACCGGGUACUAAACGAUCGUGGGCACGAAACGACUGGGUACCCCAUUGAACCCAUUGAUAACUAAGUGUGAUUGGCACUAAAAUUUGCCACAAAAUAUCUAUAACAUAUGUGGAAAAUUAUCAUCAUUAUCAUUAUCACUACUACCAGCAAAGAAAUCUGUCGAGGGCUGAGAAAAUAAUUCGGCCUCUCAGUCUCACUCCUCUAAGCUAGAAACUCGACCCAUAAAUGUCGGUAUGACCAAAAUAUCAUUAACAACAGUUCGUCAAAUUCACUUGCCUGCUUGUAGAAAUCUAGUGUCUCAUUUUGACUCCAAGGCAUCUACAUAACAUGCGUUAUUUUUUUUCCUUUCUGACUGAAAGAAAUUGAAACCAAAUAAUGUUGGCGGUGUGUCUUUUGCAGAGUACCCACCAAAGUUCAAGGGUCCACCCAAAAGUCGCGUUCGCUUUCUAGAAUACGUUAAAGGUCACCAUAUUAGACUCAAAUGUCACGCAACAGGAGCGGUUCCCCUAAAUGUCACGUGGGUAAAGAAUAACAAGCCUUUAAGCCGCACUCACCGGUCGCACCUGAAGGCAAAAGGCUGGGUGUUAGGCUUUAAGGCAUUGACCAAUGAUGACGCUGGAACUUACUCUUGCACUGUGCAGAAUGCAUAUGGUAAAAUCGAAAAGACAUUUAUUGUCACAGUUGUUGGUAAGAUAAUUUUUCUACGCCAGAUUAGUGUUUAAGUACACUUCAGAGACUGGGAAAGAUAAUUUUAUCUAUGUCACAAAUUUCACACCGAUGGUUUGUUUCAUUUUUAAGAGAUGGGGAACAAAUCCUGGUGCCAUGCAUAGUCUAGGCUAAGAAGUAAACGCACACUUACCUUACCAACUAGGUGUUAGGAAACGGGUUCACCCAUACCUCUCUUUGCAACUCUUCACAUCUGGGCCUCUUAGAUAAGCGAUUAUCCAGGCUUAGAAAGUGCCGCUGUCGUUACGAAAUUAGCUGGGUUUCAUCAAUUGAUCGGUCGCUGACUAGACACAGAAAAAAGGACAAACUCAAUCACGGCUCAGGACUUAUCCAUAGGAAAUUAUUUGUUACUAAUGAUAAAGAUGAUGGCAGCAUUGCUUCCCUGAUCUCACAAUUUGAGAUUGAAAGAGUAAGAAUCAGUUAAUCAAAAGGGAAGGAUCACAGACGCCACCAUCAGAAACACCUUUCGUAGUAACGGCUUUGUCCUCCGAAGAGACUUUCUACCACAUUGUGACGCAGCUGCUUUAGUUUUAAGACCUGAACGAAAGAGUAACCUUCAACUAUAUGAGUACUGAGUAAAUCAAAGAGGAACACAUCAUAACUUUUCUUUUCAUAUUUUACUUCCCUUAAUCAGAGAAUGGAAUUAUUAUUCCUCCCGAAAGGAAACCAAAGAUUUUAAGGCACUUUCUGAAGAACGAAACAGCUAUGGAAGGUGAAGACGUCAAGUUUGUGUGCUCUGCAGUAGCUAGGAGUCAUCCUGAUUUUCACCUUCUCAAAUGGAAACAACCCAGCAAUGUUUCGAACGGCACCGAUCCAUUUGACUUUGUUGACUUCACAAAGUCAAAGUACCAAGAGAUACGCGAGACUGCUAAGCAGCACACGGGUAACCGUAAACUUUAUACUCAUCGUUUUAUUGUCAGAAAUGUCACUUUGGCGGAUGAAGCCAGGUACACAUGCAUGGUGGGGAAUUCCGCUGGUUAUGUAUCCCAUAACGUGUUUCUAACUAUCAAGACACACGACGGUAGGUUUAUAGAAAAUUGUAGUUAUAUUUUGUUAUCUGUACCAUUUCACUUCAGUCAUUGGCAUUCGUCUCAAUGAAUACUGAAAAAACACAACAUUCAUUCCCGGCAACCUCUUCCUUCAUCUCAAGUCCGCCUUCGGAGCUAUUUACCGUAAUUCACCGCCUAAGUAUCAUGUCAGACAUUACUCCAUGUUCCCAUUCGUAGCCCUCUUUUUUGUUAUUUGGCUCAAAACAAAUAUUUGUAAGAACCACUACUAAUUUAUUCUAAAUUCACAAGAACAGCUUCUCAACUGUACUAGAAUAAUGUGCGAUGGAUUGGCGGCCGGAAUCGAUUGCGCCUCACCAGGCCUCAAGGUGAUUCCAAUGGAGUUUCCAAACUAAUUCGCGAUACCAGUCUUCUUUUGCUCUGUGAUUGAUAGAGAAAACUCGCACCGCUCUCUAAAAACUAAUAAGAUGUAAGAUUCAAACCAGUAGCGAGUUGGUCACUCGCGUUUUCCCGCUUUACAAUUUUUGCUUGUGUUUACGAAGAGUUGUUAUUGACUCAUAUUUUCCUUAAUUUUGAUUGGCCGUUGUGACUAGUAUGAUUCGGUUUUACGACACUCUAACGAACUGCCCUCGAUUGACACCUGAUCACUUUCCGUGGAAGGUAUUAAAUGGCGUGCUUUGUUCUCAGAUAGAGGGAAAAAAUGCGAUAAUUUUUAAAUUUCUUGCAGAUGAAGAAGUAGUCUUUGGUGGCAUGGGGAGGAAAUCUCCAGCACCACAAGAAGAUAAAGAAAUAUAUAUAGAGGAAGUUCCACUGGCCGCUUUAAUUGGAGUUCCAAUCGCCGUGCUUAUACUUUUAAUUGGAACAAUCGUAUGGUGCUAUUUCAUGACAAGAAAGCAUCACGCUCGUCAACAAUGGGCCAAUGAUACACUAGAUAAGAACCCAACAGCCAACGACGUAAUAAAAAAGGACUCACCGACGCAAUUAUACGCGCCGAAAAAAGUGAAAGAAGAGAUACGGAAUGUGAGUUUUAACAUUUAUGUUGACUGUCCGAAUGACAGACUUUCUCACACUGAGCAACAAUCAAGGACACACAUGAAGAGCGCAUUGUCGCACGAGAAGUGUGAUUCAUCGCGUGUGAAAUGUGAUUCAUCGCGCGUGAGAAAUGCACGAAAUCAGAAAUGCACGAAAUUAAAGGAUCCGCCAUUGGACGGUCUUGUUGUUCACAGUGAACCUUCAAGAACUCAUUCAAACAGAACAGAGCACCGUAAGCGCCACGAAGAACGUGGGCUCGUACGCGAUGAAGCCAGCGGAUUCAAGUCCGAAAUAAAAUGUUCUGGUGUAUAAAAAGCCUGGAAAGGUUUUAAUAUGCUAGUUCUUCGUAAUAUGCGACUAGAUAAAACGGCCCACUAGCCAUCGCCUGCAAUACCUUAAUUCGGUUUCAGCGGCGCUACUUAAUCCGCGCUUGCCUUUCGUAACGGUCAAACGGUAACAGACGAAUUGAAACCACAUUGCUGGUAAGGCAAGAGUGACGACUGGCCAAAGUCAGGAGCUCUCAAUGUGUCCAGAGUAAUUAUCACAGUAUUCACUUUCGUAUUAUUCCCAUUUCAAAGUUUAUUUAUAACCUGAAAGCAUACAGAUCCCGACGCUUAUGAAAUAAGGGUGGCUUUCUUUUAUUCGGUAACCCCACUUUUGGGGCCUAAAUACAGCACGUGUAAACUGUCGAAUAAAAAAAAAAUGAAUGACAACACUGGAAUAAAAUGUCACUGAC